UGGCUUUUUCACAACAGGUUUGCCACCAGAAUACAGGUGUCGAGAAAACCACCACUUAAAUCAAAGCCAAAAUGGGAAAGGAAAAGACUCACAUCAACAUUGUGGUUAUUGGACACAUAGAUUCCGGCAAGUCUACCACUACUGGCCAUCUGAUCUACAAAUGUGGUGGGAUCAACAAAAGAACCAUCGAAAAAUUUGAGAAGGAGGCUGCUGAGAUGGGAAAGGACUCCUUCAAGUAUGCCUGGGUCUUGGAUAAACUGAAAGCUGAACGUGAGCGUGGUAUCACCAUUGAUAUCUCCCUGUGGAAAUUCGAAACCAGCAAAUAUUACGUGACCAUCAUUGAUGCCCCAGGACACAGAGACUUUAUCAAGAACAUGAUUACAGGGACAUCUCAGGCUGACUGUGCUGUCCUGAUCGUUGCUGCUGGUGUUGGUGAGUUUGAAGCAGGUAUCUCCAAGAAUGGGCAGACCCGUGAGCAUGCCCUUCUGGCUUAUAUGCUGGGAGUGAAACAGCUGAUCAUUGGUGUUAACAAAAUGGAUUCCACUGAGCUGCCCUACAGCCAGAAGAGAUACGAGGAAAUUGUUAAAGAAGUCAGCACCUACAUUAAGAAGAUUGGCUAUAACCCUGACACAGUAGCAUUUGUGCCAGUUUCUGGUUGGAAUGGCGACAGCAUGCUGGAACCAAGUGCAAAUAUGCCUUGGUUCAAGGGAUGGAAAGUCACCCGGAAAGAUGGCAGUGUCAGUGGAACUACACUGCUUGAAGCUCUGGAUUGCAUCCUGCCACCGACUCGUCCAACUGAUAAGCCCCUGCGUCUGCCUCCCCAGGAUGUCUACAAAAUUGGUGGCAUUGGUACUGUCCCUGUGGGCUGAGUGGAAACUGGUAUUCUCAAACCUGGCAUGGUGGUCACUUUUGCUCCAGUCAAUGUUACAAGUGAAGUAAAGUCUGUUGAAAUGCACCAUGAAGCUUUGAGUGAAGCUCUUCCUGGGGACAAUGUGGGCUUCAAUGUCAAGAAUGUGUCUGUCAAAGAUGUUCAUCAUGGCAAUGUGGCUGGUGACAGCAAAAAUGACCCACCAAUGGAAGCAGCUGGCUUCACAGCUCAGGUGAUUAUCCUCAACCAUCCAGGCCAAAUCAGUGCUGGAUAUGCACCUGUUCUGGAUUGUCACACAGCUCAUAUUGCUUGCAAAUUUGCUGAGCUGAAGGAAAAGAUUGAUCGUCGCUCUGGGAAAAAGCUGGAAGAUGGCCCAAAGUUUUUGAAAUCUGGUGAUGCUGCCAUUGUUGAUAUGGUUCCUGGCAAGCCCAUGUGUGUUGAGAGCUUCUCUGACUAUCCUCCUCUGGGCCGCUUGGCUGUUCGUGACAUGAGGCAGACAGUUGCUGUUGGUGUCAUCAAAGCAGUGGACAAGAAGGCAGCUGGAGCUGGCAAAGUCACCAAGUCUGCCCAGAAAGCUCAAAAGGCUAAAUGAAUAUUACCCCCAACACCUGCCACCCCAGUCUUAAUCAGUGGUGGAAGAACAGUCUCAGAACUGCUUGCCUCAAUUGGCCACUUAAGUUUAAUAGUAAAGGACUGGUUAAUGAUUACAAUGCAUCGUAAAACCUUCAGAAGGAAAGGAGAAUGUUUUGUGGACCAUUUGUGUGUGUGUGUGUGUGUGUGUGUGUGUGUGUGUGUGUGUGGCAGUUUUUAAGUUAUUAGUUUUUAAAAAUCAGUACUUUUUAAUGGAAACAACUUGACCAAAAUCUGUCACAGAAUUUUGAGACCCAUUAAAACAAAGUUUAAUGAGAAAAAAAA